CUUCAUUUCAGUAAGAUGCUUGUUAAACAUCAUAGCUGAUAGAGAUACUCAAUGUAAGUCUGGUAGAGUGGUCGUCAACCUUCUGAGAAGUUCAGUGAAAAGGGGGAUUGGUGGAGUUUUUGGUAACAAUGCGCUUGUCGAAAGCUCUGAUAGAAAUGGACUUGCCAGAUUACACUGCUGCCUUAGACCCUGCUUAUACAACUCUGGAGUUUGAGAAUAUGCAAGUGUUAGCCAUGGGUAAUGAUACAUCUCCAAGUGAAGCCACCAACAUGAAUUCUUCUAACAACAUUGGGAUCAGCGCUCUAUGUGCAAUUUGUGGUGAUCGGGCUACAGGAAAGCAUUAUGGUGCAUCCAGUUGUGAUGGCUGCAAAGGGUUCUUCAGACGAAGUGUCCGAAAAAAUCACAUGUAUUCCUGCAGGUUUAACAGACAAUGCAUUGUAGAUAAGGACAAACGAAACCAAUGUAGAUACUGCAGAUUAAAAAAGUGCUUCAGAGCAGGAAUGAAAAAAGAAGCUGUGCAGAAUGAAAGAGACAGGAUAAGUACGAGACGGUCCAGCUAUGAGGACAGCAGUUUGCCUUCAAUUAAUGCACUCAUACAAGCAGAGGUUCUUUCUCGUCAGAUCUCAUCUCCUGUUUCAGUGAUAAACAGUGACAUCAGGUCAAAAAAGAUUGCAGUAAUCAGUGAUGUAUGUGAGUCUAUGAAACAGCAACUUUUGGUCUUGGUAGAGUGGGCUAAAUAUAUACCAGCUUUCUGUGAGUUACCACUGGAUGAUCAGGUUGCCUUAUUGCGAGCACAUGCUGGGGAGCAUUUACUGCUUGGGGCAGCAAAGCGUUCCAUGAUGUACAAAGAUGUUCUGCUCUUAGGCAAUGACUACAUCAUUCCCCGCAAUUGCCCAGAGCUGGAAAUAAACCGUGUAGCAACUAGAAUUCUGGAUGAACUGGUGCAAACAUUUCAGGAGCUUCAGAUCGAUGACAAUGAAUAUGCCUGCCUGAAAGCAGUCGUUUUCUUUGAUCCAGAUGCCAAAGGACUCAGUAACCCUGCCAAAAUCAAACGUAUGCGGUUCCAGGUGCAAGUCAGUUUGGAGGACUAUAUUAAUGACAGACAGUAUGAUUCUCGGGGUCGAUUUGGAGAGCUGCUGCUACUGCUACCCACUCUACAGAGCAUCACUUGGCAAAUGAUAGAACAAAUCCAGUUUGUUAAACUCUUUGGAAUGGCUAAAAUUGAUAACCUGCUUCAAGAGAUGCUGCUGGGAGGUACUGCAAAUGAGACGCCACACACACACCAUUCACUACAUCCUCAUCUAGUCCAGGAGCACCUGGCAAGUAAUGUGAUAGUAGCCAGCACAAUGCCUGCUCCAGUACAAAAUGGGCAGAUCUCCACACCUGAAACUCCAUUACCUUCUCCACCUGGAGGUUCUGCAUCAGAACCAUACAAACUGGUAGCAGGUUCUGUAUCAAAACCACCAACAUCAGUUCCUCAGCAAACUAUUCCAAAGCAAGAGGCAAUUUAACAGAUGGGAAACAUCUCAGAGCAAAAGUCAUCAGUAAAAAACUUGACAGAUUUACCACCAUGAGAGAACUGUUUCAUGAGAACACAAUUUUAAUAAGAACUGUGUCCCAUUUAAAAAUAUGACAGAGAUGAAUUCAUAGAUAAGCAAAAGAUUAAUGUUAAUAUGUGUUAAACUGUCAUUGUAAUAUCAUACCCCAUUGGUAUCCAAGAGACUGCUUUUCACUAUAGAAAAAAAAUGAAUUAAUUAAUUUAAUAAUUUGGAAUUCAAGAUAUAUAAUAGUCAUUUCCUUCAACUUAAUAGUUGAUUUUAACUCUGGUUGCCUGGUGGUUAUUUGCAGAGGAAGGGGAUUAUAAUGAUGGAGUAUAAGACAGUAGAGGGUUUAUAGCAUGUAUGGAUGUUCCCUACUCACAUCUUUACUCAUCUGAGACACUGAAGAGCAUCAGACAGCACCAGAACACAGCAGUCAUGAAAAACAUCACUUCACGAAUUUAACUGGAACACUUAAGAGCCAACCAUGGGAUCUGGUGGGAAUCAGUGAAAAGGCCAGGUCAAGUUUUUAAAUUGAACUUGUUUGAACAUUACGUAUGGGUCCCCCAAGCUAUAUUCAAGUUAUUGUGCCUUCUCGUUUGUGCUUUGGCUCUCGCUCUUAGUGCCAUAUCCCCAUGAAACCAUUCCACAAUUUAACCUCAGAAAUGAUCCCUUUGAAUCCUGAGGUUGUUUGGUUCCACCCUCCAACCUUGAUGUCAGCCAUGUCCACCAGAUUGUAAUUCAAAAAGAGGUCCGGUUGUUUAAACAAUCUUAAUUUCAUGCUGAAGUCAUCAUGACAACCUCACACUUACCCUGCAUCCUACCCACCACAGCAUUCAUCAAGUUAAAAGCAGCUUUUUCUGGUAAACUUAUAUGAAUAAAGCAUUUGUACUCGGCUCUCUUAAGUAAUGUUCAGCAUCUGACAUAUGGUCAGGAUGCACAACCAACUGUGAACUAGAUUUUGACAUGAACUCAGGACUAAUUUGCAAUAUUUUGACUCUGAGUGUGACGAUUCGCAGUGCAAUUUUCAGUGCACGCCUAUGAUGAGUAGACCUAUGUUAUUGAACUGUAAGCAAUUUUAAUAUUUAUGAAUUGGUAGUCUUUGAAUUUUUCUAUAAAUUCAGUUCGGAUGUCCUUCCUUUCAUUUAGUAUUAGCAAAGGUUUGUGUACCAUAUUUUUAAAUUCUCUUUUAUACCAUUUCAAUUGUUGAAAUUUAAGUAGAUGUACAUAUGAAAAAAAAGAUUUUAUAUGUUUAAAAUGUUCAGUCUACUUAAACAAUUUGUUUUCCUUGCUACAAAUACAAAGUAUUGACAUUUGCUGAUCCUGUAAUUUCAUCCAAUGGUCUGAAAGUAAAUUAUAGUUAUUCUUCAUAUACAAACAGAUACAAGAUUGUGUACAAUACACACUAAAUGUUAAAUGUUUUAAAUCAGCCUCACUUACCUGAACUUCCAGUAAGUGGAUCCGACACCAAGAUAGGACGUCCUGCUUUCAAAUGCCACUUUCCCCCACACAGCAGCAGCGAUGUAUCAUUUCAUUUAUUCUAGAGAGACACAAACCACACAUGCAUUAAAAACAGCCAGGACUAAUAAACUGCCAAUUUAUGUUUUGUACAUCACAAUGGAAACUAUUUAUGAAAAGUAAUUUUUAUCAAAGUGAGGCUUAAGAUGUCCUGGAGUUGUGAAAUAUGCUAUAUAAUUGCAUGUAUUUUUAUUUUUUGUAUACCUUUAGGAGGCUAUCUAUGGGAACUCUCCUAACUGUUCCCCUUUCCUUUAGCAGGCAAUCAGAGAAACCUCAGAAAUACAGUUUAAGUGGGAUUUUGGGCAUACCCCGAAGCAAGUGGUUUUAUGAUCUCUUUAAGAGCACAGGCGAUACUUCUGUUACUGUGGUUACAAUAUUCUCUUGCAGUACAAACCAUUAACAUGUGAGUUUUGCAUAUUAUCAUUAUGUCACCAAUUACAUUAAUGCAUUAAUAAAUGCAAGUAGAUUAACAAGAGUAAAAAUAUACCUUUUGAAAAACAUGAAAAACAAUUCUGUUGUAUCUUCUCCACCAGACUUGUUACUUGGACCCAUACAGGUUUGGGAUGAGUAAUUAAAUAUAUAUUUAUGUACCUUUUUACCCAAUUUUUCUGUCUUCAGCAAAUUUCCCAAUUAUGCCUCCUACAGUCAAAUCUAAAUCAUUAACUUUCACCAUAAUCAGCAAGGGGCCCAAUAUUGAGCCCUGUGGAACACUGCGAGAAACCACAUUCUCAAAAGCAUCCAUCAACCACUAUCCUUUGAUUCCUGUUACUGAGCUAAUUUUGGAUCAAAAUCAACACAUUCCCAUGUAUCCCAUGGGUUGUAAUUUUUUCUAACUAUAUCUUGUGGGACCCUGUCAAAUGCCACACUAAAAUCUAUGUAUUCUGUGGCCAUUGCAAUCUUUCAUCAAUCUUCCUUGUUAUUUCUUCAAAAAAUUAAAUUCAGCUAGUAAAACAUGACCUUCCCUCAACAAACCUAUGCUGACUGUCCCUGGUUAAUCCAUCCUUUUAGAAUGCACUACCUCAGGAACAUUUUGUUUAAUAUAAAGACCCUCUCAUCAAAUGAUAUUCAGGUUGUUUUUUUUUCUAUAAACUGAACAGAUUUGCUCUUUUCGGGAACCCAUAUUUGUUUAAAGUAAAAAAAAAUUAAAAAUAUUAAAAUGACCUGCUGAAAAUGCCAGCAAAAUGUAAUUUUUUUGAUAUAAUUCUUUGCUUUAUCAGUCAAUGGAAUUACAAAUAUGCCCAAAUAUUGUUAUUCUACUUACUGAAACUAAAAAAGCAAAGAAUACUUUCUGACAUUACAGCUAGAUAUUUUUGUUUUAAAAACAUAUUUAUUUUGUGCCAUUUUAUUUAAACUAAGAUGAUUCUUUCUUUGUGUAAAAAAAAGCCUCUACUGCACUCUACUUUCCUUCUUGUGAAAUAAUUCUGGGGUAACAUUUGGUCUAUUUAAUAUACAGGGUUUUAAUAGCACUGUGGCGAAAUCUUUACUGCAUUGUUAAGAAUAUAUUUAAAAGACACCGGUUAUAAUAGAAUAAUGAAUAGACUGUUUAAAAUAUUCUUGAUUGAAUAUGUUACACUACUUUACAACAUGUAUUUUAAACAAUUUAUGGAUUAAAUGUUUGUAAUGUAAUCUAAGUGGUUUUAUCCAUCAAAUACUGUACACAAAAUCUUACCAUGUUGCAAGUUGCCCAUUGAUGUUCUAGUAUGCAAAGGCAUGAACAUCCUAAAAGAUAGUGACCUGGCAAAGGCACAGUCAUAGUUACCAAAUCUGUAAAUAUAGAUUUGGUACAGGAAUGACUGAAUGGCCUGAAGGUUAUUGCUCUCUUGAACCCUCAGGGUCAAUUGUCCAAUCAAAGUCUGAAAAUCCACUUUCAAUAUUUCAGCUCACGUGCCUCUGACAGUUAACUCUGAAAUCACAAAGGAAAAGACUGGUGGAGGUUCAAACCAAAAAUUCUACCAGGUGCCUAACACUCUAAGCUCAGUUGGCUGUCAUGGGUUUAAACAACAUGGGUUUAAUUCCUGCCACUGGCUGAGGUUAUCAUGAAGGACUCUCCUUCUCAACCCUUUGCCUGAAGUGUGGUGGCCCUCAGAUCAAACCACCACCAGUUGUCUCUCUUUCUAAUGAGAGGACAGUCACAUGGUGUAGUAGAACUAUGGUGACUUUUUCGUAUUCAUUGGAAGUUUGGGUGCUGGUGUUCUCAGCCAUUCAAUAACAGAUGUUUGAGCAUCCUGUGUUCCAGUGCAUUAAAUAGAAAUAGUCUUUCAAUGAAGAUUAUUGAUUGAUAAUGCCAGUUGGUUAACACAUGGCCAAAAUUCACAAGCUGAAAACUUGUGGUAAUGUUAACAUACAAAAAUAAACAACCCAUCAUAAACCAUAGCUUUCUGAAAAGUUAACAUGAUUUCAUGUUAUCCCAGGUGCAGGUUAUUAUCUCGAGCCUCAGAAUUAUCUUUAGGGUUGACAGCAAUUCUCAAUACCAUUGUAAAAACAUAGAACUUGAAUAUGUAUGUUAAUUUCCAAAAUACACCAUUCUCCGUCUUCUGAUGUGUUGAACUUUAAAUUUAGUUUAAAAAUUGUCUUUUAUACAUCUUGUCUGAUAAUAAUAAUAUGCAUAUUCUUACAAACCACUGUUCAGUUAUCAAAAGGUUGAUCUCCCACCCAGUAUAGUGGCAAAACAUAUAUUGACAAGGAGUUUGAUUUUUAUCUGCUUGUAGCAAAAGUGCCUAUGAUAAAACAUUUAUAGAUUUGUAACUGUAGAUUUUGCACUUCACAUAUGGAACUAUUUUAGUGCUUACAGCAUCUGGGUGUGGUUCUAGUGCUCAAAACUGCCGGAGGUUCUAAAAAAGAAAAUAGUUCUUCAUCUAUCUGCAGCCAGGUAGCAUUAAAGUGUACAUAGAACAAAUAAUGACAUUUGCUCUUAAUUUAUUGUAAUAUGGAUAUAAUUUUUCAUGGAACUGACAUUAUUUUUGUAAAUCAUAUCACUGAUUAAUAGCAAUUAAGAUAAUAACAUAAUUCUUUAGCACAACUGUACAUUGCAUAUUUUAUAAUUUUUGUCCUUGCAAUUUUCAUUGUGUAAGGUAUUUCUAUUGAUAUUGAUAUUUCGUUGCAAUGAAGACAGUUCCCUUAAGCCCCUAAUGUACACUGCCACAGUCCUGAAUACUGUAGUUAUUAAUGUAUUGUUGUCAUUCCUUUAAACCAUGUAAAAACAGAAAUAAUAAAUAAGAUCUUUUUCUAUA